GUUUAGGGGUUUUUCGUAAUUUACCCAAUUAUUUUUGACACCCGCGUUUACAUCACCUUUUUCAUAGGUAAAACGUCGUCGUCACGACAAAAUCCAAGAACAAAAUCAGCGGAAUUAGCUCAUCCAAAUUUCAUUUUUUCUCUCCCUUCCUUCUUAAGCAACCCCGAAGUUUCUCUCUAUUUUUCUGAAACCCCACAAAUUCGAAAUUUUCAUUUGAGGGGUUUUGGAUUCAACCAUAAUUGAAGCAAAUAAUUUUACCCUAAUUAAUCUGGAAGAAUGGGGCUGCAGCAAUCGAAAGACGAAUUGCUUUAUGAGAAAGUAAAUUCUGGUAGCGUCGAAGAAAUUAAAUCUCUCCGCCGUGAUGGUGCCGGCCUGGAGUGGAUUGACAAAGAAGGGAAGACUCCAUUAAUCGUAGCUUGUAUGAAUCCACAGCUUUAUAAUGUUGCUAAUACAUUGAUAGAGUUGGGUGCCAAUGUCAAUGCUUAUCGUCCAGGUCGACAAGCUGGAACUCCGCUACAUCAUGCUGCAAAACGAGGCCUCGAGCAGACUCUCAAGUUGCUUCUUUCACAUGGAGCAAAUGCGAUGGUAAUGAACGAUGAUUGUCAAACCCCACUUGAUGUUGCUAGAUCAAAAGGAUACACUAAUAUUGUCCGAGCAAUCGAGGGGCAUCUCUGCUUAUUCUCCGGUUGGCUGCGAGAACUUCACGGACCGAGCAUUCUCGAACUUCUUGCUCCACAGUUUCUUUCUCGAAAAGUAUGGGUGGCUAUUUUGCCUUGUGGAUCCCGCAAUCCCAGAAAACCUUUCCGGUUGGAGCUUGCCAUAUAUGGUGGUCCACAGGAUGGGCAACCACGGACAAUUAUACCCCUGUGGAAGGCUAAUCUAGAGGAACCAAAUUUUAACCAGCCCGAUCCAGUUGCUAUUAUAUCUGAUGUUUCAAAAAUUCCGAGACGCUGGCGGAAAAGACGGGAGAUUAAGUCCUGCCAAGAAGCAAGGCGCACGCGAAUCAGACUUGCACCUGUGCACGAAAGUGAAAAACAGCAAUUGCAGCGUUUUUGCAAUGCUUGUAAAGGAAUUCCUCAGGCGAUGCACCCACUUGUUCCUCCCAGCAGCCAAGUUCAUGCUGCUUCUGCUUCUGCUUCUGCACCACCAAUUUCCGAAAACGAGGAACUAAAUAUUGCAACCAACGCCUCAAACGGAAGCAAGUGCGAAGUUCUAGAAGCCGAGCCAGCUGGCGGUCCAGCUCAGCAUUUCCGGAGCCAAAUUACAACUCCCCAGAAUCCUUCUGUAGUAGUCUCUACUGCAUCGGCUCCUCCCGCAGCAAAUGCUGACGUGGACUAUGACGACGGUCAAGUUCACUAUCCAGCUGUCAACACUAGCUCUCUCGGUGGGGCCCACGAAAAAAAUAAUGAAGAGAGUGAUACAAAUUCGUCUUGUACGAUAUGUCUGGACGCUCCCCUCGAGGGAGCAUGCGUGCCGUGUGGACACCUGGCCGGGUGCAUGUCUUGUCUGAACGAGAUUAAGUCCAAGAAAUGGGGUUGCCCCGUUUGCCGUGCAGAGAUUGAUCAAGUUAUAAGGAUUUAUGCUGUUUAAUGAAAAGGAGAAAUGCUACAUUGCUGCGCGGUGGGAGAUCGAACAAUGCAACGGAAACUCUAAAUGGUGUAUGUAUUUGUGUAUAUAUAUAUAUUGUAGCUUGUUUGUGGUGUAAAUAUUGUUGAAAGGAUUGUGGAGAAUGUUUUUGUUAAGCUCAAGUUCAAUAAAGAGUAUCAAAUGAGACAUUGAAUGGUUCAAUUGCUAUUGUUGUUCCAAGUCUCA